AAAUUAUGUGAAACAACACUCUUUCUGGAUUUUGAAAGAUAUUAUUUCAUCAUGGGACAACAAAUUUCGGAUCAAACUCAGUUGGUUAUUAACAAGUUACCAGAAAAAGUAGCAAAACAUGUCACAUUGGUUCGAGAAAGCGGCUCCUUAACUUAUGAAGAAUUUCUUGGGAGAGUAGCUGAGCUUAAUGACGUAACUGCUAAAGUGGCUGCUGGCCAGGAAAAACAUCUUCUCUUUGAGGUGCAACCUGGGUCUGACUCCUCUGCCUUUUGGAAAGUGGUUGUUCGGGUGGUCUGCACCAAGAUUAACAAAAGCAGUGGCAUUGUGGAAGCAUCAAGAAUCAUGAAUUUGUAUCAGUUUAUUCAACUGUAUAAAGAUAUCACAAGUCAAGCAGCAGGAGUCUUAGCACAGAGCUCCACCUCUGAAGAACCUGAUGAAAACUCAUCCUCUGUAACAUCUUGUCAGGCUAGCUUGUGGAUGGGAAGGGUGAAGCAGCUGACUGACGAGGAGGAGUGUUGUAUCUGUAUGGAUGGACGAGCUGACCUCAUCCUGCCUUGUGCUCACAGCUUUUGUCAGAAGUGUAUUGAUAAAUGGAGUGAUCGACACAGGAAUUGCCCUAUUUGUCGCCUACAGAUGACUGGAGCAAAUGAAUCUUGGGUAGUGUCAGAUGCACCCACUGAAGAUGAUAUGGCUAACUAUAUUCUUAACAUGGCUGAUGAGGCAGGCCAGCCCCAUAGGCCAUGACCUUGGAGUGAAGGCAUUCUGUUGCUAUUGUGGACUACAGAUAUUUGAUCAUAGUAAAAGAAUGCAGGGUUGUUGUGGCACAGACAUAGAAGAGUACAUUUUCCCACCCUCUUAUUUUUGCUAUUCUGAUAAUUUGCCCCAUUUUUAAAAAUAAAUUUUCCAUGUCUUCCAUUUAUAGUAAACUAAAAUUUGCUACUGUUUUAGACCAUAUUUUCCUAUUAUUUAUCUGUUCAAAUGUGUAUUAGAACUAAUUGCUCUUGAAUCCUUUGCUAAGGUAACGGCAACAUUUCCAGAGGCUUCUUAAACAUUACUAUUUUGUAGGACAGAGUAUUCUGAAAUAUUUUUAGUUAGGUUUAAAAUAAACCUUGAAUGUUAAAAAGUUGUAGCCAUCUGAGAAAGAAAAUUUUAAAUAACUGAAAAUGUAAAAUGGAUCAAAGUGCAUGUUACUACUUAAACUAGUCUUUCUGCUGGGAUCUAAGGAGUAUAUAUGCCCCCUUGUGGUUAAUUGUUGCUCCUUUAAUAAUUUUUACUUGAAAGGAUCCUGAAUUAUUUCAUAACUAGCAGUGUUUUGGAACUACCAUACCCUUUUUAAAAUUAAAAGUCAUUUUUUUGUCAUGCCAUAUAAUUCUGGGUGAGGCCUAUAAAGUUAGGCAUGACUUUACCUUGCAAAUGGAUUUCUGCUGGGGAAUUGUCUUGGCUGUUCUGGAAAUGCUUUCCUUCUGCUGGGUAACUAUUCUAAAUGGUGUUGAUAAGCCUCACACAUCUUGAGUUUCAGAGGAAGUUUUUCUGUGUCACAAAUACUAAAUUUUAUAUUUUCAAAUUAUGAUAAGUCAUUCAACAUUGGUUUAUGGUGCUUUUAUUUUUUCGACUUGAAGACAUCUUUCUGCAGUUUCUAAGUCCUCAAAUUUCUUAGAUUAAGAGAGAAGAAAAUAGGGUGAGACUUUUUUUUAACCAUAUACUUAAAACACCUCUGAAAAUUUGAAUUUAGCUUUCUUACUGUUUAGCUGUACUUCUCUUGAGAUAUUCCAAAAGAAUAUAGCAAUAAUGGAAUUGUGAUCUUCAGUUGCACCUCAAAUAUUUUUUUUGCUUAUGAACUAAAAUUUUUAAUAUUAACAUUUCUGCAAUAUAAUAAAACAAGAUCUGUCUCCUUUAAAAUUUAAAUUUUAAUUUUUCUGACCUAAAGUUGGUACAUUGCAAAUAAUAUAUUCCUAAACCAAGGUAUACAAUUUAAGUUGCUGCUUAUUGAUGACAGAAUUUUUAAACACUGGGAUUUUAAUAGGCAUGCAAAUAAAAUUCACUUCAUUUCAAGAAGAAAUAUCUGACCAAAGGUAGCUUGAUUUUUCCCUAAAAAUACAGAAGACUAAUCCAUUAACAUUCUUCAUGGGGAUAGCUAAGUACCAAAUAGCUAAAUGCUCACUAUGGAGGUUUAUACAAGCAGAGUACUGAGGUUUCUGUCAUAUAUCAACCUGUUAAUGCACUUGAUGGUUGUGUGACCUUGAAAAAGUCUGUUACUCUUGUCUGUAGGUUCCUACUUUAGAACUGAGACUUCAUCUGUGGUUUUCACACUAUUUCAACAAUGAAACCUUGUUUUUUAAGUAAAGUCUUAGCAGAACCCUUUCACACAUGUGUGCAUGUACACACCCUACUCCACUAUAUAAAAGUCAUGUUUCAUUAAUAUAAAUUUCCUUAUAUGUUAUGUAAACUUUAUAUACUAUAAAUUUUAAAUCAACUAAUAAAAAUACAUAUUAAUGCAUUGCUGAUAGCCAGUAUAUUCGAAUUUGAUGAAUAACAGAUUUGCAUGAUGGGAAUUGUUUUUGACUUAAUUUUUAAAAUUUUAAAUUAAGUUCAAGUCAGACUCGUAGAACCCUGUAUCUCCUGCGUAGAUUCUUAGUAUUCCAUGGAAUAUAUUUUGAAAAGCUUGGGAUAGAUGAUCCUCUGAGAUCUUUUCCAGCUCUGAUUUUAAGUAAUCCUUUUGGAUUAGAAUUAAUUCAGAUUGCCUAAUUUUCAAAUGCUUCUGAAAAUGAACAAAAUUACUUUGCAGAAGUUUACACCUUUCCAGGUAUAGCCAAUGAUUUUAUCCCCCAGAAUCCUUCAACUUUCAAAGAAUGAUUUAAUAGUGAGCCCUGUAGUUUGAUAGUGCCCAAACCUUUUUAUUUUACAAUAUAGCUCCAAGACACUAACUGAACUACUGUGAAAUAGAAAAUGUUUUUAUUAGCCUUAGCAAAUAACGAGCAGCACAGUUCUCUGCUCAUUCCAUUAAACUGGGUGAUAAUUCUUUAGAUGUGAAUCUUAGGUAGGGUCUACUGUAAUAACUAAUUAUAAAAGUUGUAAAUUUAAUGGAUUAAAUGUAUACUUUUUGUAUUUUGUACAGCUUUGUCUUUUUAAAAUAUGACACUCAAAUGUACUUACUAUGAUAGGAAAUAUAAUGUGUGCCUUCUAGAAUUUGUGAAGUGGUUUCAUGAACUGUAAGGAAUUUGUUUUAAAAGUUAUAAAGUUUUCCCUAUCCUAACUCAGUAACAAAGGGUUUACUCAUAAUGCUCUAGAACUUUAGUUUGAGAAAAUGAAUUUAACUGUGUACUGAAUUUAGAGGUUGAGAAUAUUAGUAUCUCUGUUAUUCUUAGGGCAAACUGAUAAAUUGUGCAAUAAAUAAUCUUUAGCAAGUAAAAGAGUUU